GAGAGAGGGCCACUCGCCUUCCUGGUGACACAGAGAUAUCCUAGCCCCGUUACCAAAUGAAAAAGCAACGCAAGGGCUUCUAAGAAGCCAUCCCAAUGACCUUUUGACUUUGAGAAGAGCAGUCUUCACAGCAGAGGGUUUGGGGUUUUGGCCUCUUUCCGCAGUUUAUUCAUUCUUAUAUGGGAAAGUUGUAUUCUGAGGUUUCUGUGGUGCAUGAAGCUUUUGCCUUCACCAUCUGUUCCUGUGUCUUCCCUGGGUGACAUCAGAGUACAGCAGAAAUUUCCCUUGCCAUCUAAUGGGGUUUUGGGCUGUUUGACUCAACCGUGCAUGUUCCUCAAUGCCAGGAGAAUAAUCCUACCCUAAGUCAGCUGAGCAGAAGCCAGGAUCUAACUGCAAACAAGAGACCCGGCUUGCCUAACGGCAUGGAAGAGACCAGUUUCAUUGCAGCUACCUGGGAAGAUGGUUGCUAAUUAGCCUGCAACAAAGAGUUCCUUGCUCAUCUAAAGAAGGUAAUCACUGUUCAGGUGAAGCUUUGUUCUAAGAAUAUUUGUUUCAUCUAGUUUAUGAGCCCAAAUGAUAUAGACUCUAAAUGUUAUAGCAGUGGUGAAAGACUGCUCGGUCAUGAGCACCGACAGUAACUCAUUGGCACGUGAAUUUCUGACUGAUGUCAACCGGCUUUGCAAUGCAGUGGUCCAGAGAGUGGAGGCCAGGGAGGAAGAAGAGGAGGAGACACACAUGGCAACCCUCGGACAGUACCUUGUCCGUGGUCGAGGAUUUCUAUUACUUACCAAGCUAAAUUCUAUCAUUGAUCAGGCAUUGACAUGUAGAGAAGAACUCCUGACUCUUCUUCUGUCUCUCCUUCCACUGGUAUGGAAGAUACCUGUCCAAGAAGAAAAGGCAACAGAUUUUAAUCUACCGCUCUCAGCUGAUAUAAUCCUGACCAAAGAAAAGAACUCAAGCUCACAAAGAUCCACUCAGGAAAAAUUACAUUUAGAAGGAAGUGCCCUGUCUAGUCAGGUUUCUGCAAAAGUAAAUGUUUUUCGAAAAAGCAGACGACAGCGUAAAAUUACCCAUCGCUAUUCUAUAAGAGAUGCAAGAAAGACACAGCUGUCCACCUCAGAUUCAGAAGCCAAUUCAGAUGAAAAAGGCAUAACAAUGAAUAAGCAUAGAAGGCCCCAUCUGCUGCAGCAUUUUGUAACAUCGUUUCCUAAAGAAGACCACCCUAAAGCUAAACUUGACCACUUAACAACCAAAGAAGAACAGACUCCUCCAGAUACUAUGGCUUUGGAAAAUUCCAGAGAGAUUAUUCCAAGACAGGAGUCAAACACUGACAUUUUAAGUGAGCCAGCUGCCUUGUCUGUUAUCAGUAACAUGAACAAUUCUCCGUUUGACUUAUGUCAUGUUUUGUUAUCUUUAUUAGAAAAAGUUUGUAAGUUUGACAUUACCUUGAAUCAUAAUUCUCCUUUAGCAGCCAGUGUAGUGCCCACACUAACUGAAUUCCUAGCAGGCUUUGGGGACUGCUGUAGUCUGAGUGACAACUUGGAGAGUCGAGUAGUUUCUGCAGGUUGGACUGAAGAACCAGUGGCUUUGAUUCAAAGGAUGCUCUUUCGAACAGUGUUGCAUCUUCUGUCAGUAGAUGUUAGUACUGCAGAGAUGAUGCCAGAAAAUCUUAGGAAAAAUUUAACUGAAUUGCUUAGAGCAGCUUUAAAAAUUAGAACAUGCCUAGAAAAGCAGCCUGACCCUUUUGCACCAAGACAAAAGAAAACACUGCAGGAGGUUCAGGAAGAUUUUGUGUUUUCAAAGUAUCGUCAUAGAGCCCUUCUUUUACCUGAGCUUUUGGAAGGAGUUCUUCGGAUUCUGAUCUGUUGUCUUCAGAGUGCAGCUUCAAAUCCCUUCUACUUCAGUCAAGCUGUGGAUUUGGUUCAAGAAUUCAUUCAGCAUCAUGGAUUUAAUUUAUUUGAAACAGCAGUUCUUCAAAUGGAAUGGCUGGUUUUAAGAGAUGGAGUUCCUCCUGAGGCCUCAGAGCAUUUGAGAGCCCUAAUAAAUAGUGUGAUGAAAAUAAUGAGCACUGUCAAAAAGGUGAAAUCAGAGCAACUUCAUCAUUCGAUGUGUACAAGAAAAAGGCACAGACGAUGUGAAUAUUCUCAUUUUAUGCAUCAUCACCGAGAUCUCUCAGGUCUUCUGGUUUCAGCUUUUAAAAACCAGGUUUCCAAAAACCCAUUUGAAGAGACUGCAGAUGGAGAUGUUUAUUAUCCUGAGCGGUGCUGUUGCAUUGCGGUGUGUGCCCAUCAGUGCUUGCGCUUACUACAGCAGGCUUCCUUGAGCAGCACUUGUGUCCAGAUCCUCUCGGGUGUUCAUAACAUUGGAAUAUGCUGUUGUAUGGAUCCCAAAUCUGUAAUCGUUCCUUUGCUCCAUGCUUUUAAGUUGCCAGCACUGAAAAAUUUUCAGCAGCAUAUAUUGAAUAUCCUUAACAAACUUAUUUUGGAUCAGUUAGGAGGAGCAGAGAUAUCACCAAAAAUUAAAAAAGCAGCUUGUAAUAUUUGCACUGUUGACUCUGACCAACUAGCCCAAUUAGAAGAGACACUGCAGGGAAACUUACGUGAUGCUGAACCCUCCUCAAGUUCAUCCACUCCUUCUUAUAGAUUUCAAGGGAUCCUGCCUAGCAGUGGAUCUGAAGAUUUGUUGUGGAAAUGGGAUGCUUUAAAGGCUUAUCAGAACUUUGUUUUUGAAGAAGACAGAUUACAUAGUAUACAGAUUGCAAAUCACAUUUGCAGUUUAAUCCAGAAAGGCAAUAUAGUUGUUCAGUGGAAGCUAUAUAAUUACAUAUUUAAUCCUGUGCUCCAAAGAGGAGUUGAAUUAGCACAUCAUUGUCAACACCUAAGCAUUACUUCAGCUCAGAGUCAUGUAUGUAGUCAUCGUAACCAGUGCUUGCCUCAGGACGUGCUUCAGAUUUAUGUAAAAACUCUGCCUAUCCUGCUUAAAUCCAGGGUAAUAAGAGAUUUGUUUUUGAGUUGUAAUGGAGUAAAUCAAAUAAUCGAAUUAAAUUACUUAAAUGGUAUUCGAAGUCAUUCUCUAAAAGCAUUUGAAACUCUGAUAAUCAGCCUAGAGGAGCAACAGAAAGAUGCCUCAGUUCCAGGUAUUGAUGGGAUAGACAAUGAACAGAAGGAGUUGUCCUCUGUACAUGUAGGUACUUCUUUUCAUCAUCAGCAAGCUUAUUCGGAUUCUCCUCAGAGUCUCAGCAGAUUUUAUGCUGGCCUCAAAGAAGCUUAUCCAAAGAGGCGGAAGACUGUUAACCAGGAUGUUCAUAUCAACACAAUAAACCUAUUCCUCUGUGUGGCAUUUUUAUGCAUAAGUAAAGAAGCAGAGUCUGAUAGGGAGUUGGCCAAUGACUCAGAAGAUACUUCUGGCUAUGACAGCACAACCAGCGAGCCUUUAAGUCAUAUGCUGCCAUGUUUAUCUCUCGAGAGCCUUGCCUUGCCUUCUCCUGAACAUAUGCACCAAGCAGCAGACAUUUGGUCUAUGUGUCGUUGGAUCUACAUGUUGAGUUCAGUCUUCCAGAAACAGUUUUAUAGGUUUGGUGGUUUCCAAGUAUGCCAUAAGUUAAUAUUUAUGAUAAUACAGAAACUGUUCAGAAGUCACAAAGAGGAGCAAGGAAAAAAGGAGGGAGAUACAACUGUAAAUGAAAACCAGGAUUUAAACAGAAUUUCUCAACCUGAGAUAACUAUGAAGGAAGAUUUAUUAUCUUUGACUAUACCAUCUGAUGGUAUCAUACCAUCAGAACUAGGUAGCCUAAAAAAGAGUGCUGACAGUUUAGGUAAAUUAGAGUUACAGCAUAUUUCUUCCAUGAAUGUGGAACAAAUUUCAGCUAGUGAAGCUGCUCCCGAGGAAGCAAAGAUAUUUACAAGUCAAGAAAGUGAGACCUCACUUCAGAGUAUACGACUUUUGGAAGCCCUUCUGGCCAUUUGUCUUCAUGGUGCCAGAACUAGUCAACAGAAGAUGGAAUUGGAGUUACCUAAUCAGAACUUGUCUGUGGAAAAUAUAUUAUUUGAAAUGAGGGACCAUCUUUCCCAGUCAAAGGUGAUUGAAACACAACUAGCAAAGCCAUUAUUUGAUGCCCUGCUUCGAGUUGCCCUUGGGAAUUAUUCAGCAGAUUUUGAACAUAGUGAUGCUGUGACUGAGAAGAGUCGUCAAUCUGCAGAAGAAUUGUCAUCCCAGCCUGGUGAUUUUUCAGAAGAAGCUGAGGAUUCUCAGUGUUGUAGUUUUAAGCUUUUAGUUGAAGAAGAAGGUUAUGAAGCAGAUAGUGAAAGCAAUCCUGAAGAUGGCAAAACCCAAGAUGAUGGGGUAGACUUAAAGUCUGAAACAGAAGGUUUCAGUGCAUCAAGAAGUCCAAAUGACUUACUCGAAAACCUCACUCAAGGGGAAAUACUAUAUCCUGAGAUUUGUAUGCUGGAAUUAAAUUUGCUUUCUGCUAGUAAAGCCAAACUUGAUGUGCUUGCCCAUGUAUUUGAGAGUUUUUUGAGAAUUAUUAGGCAGAAAGAAAAGAAUAUUUUUCUGCUCAUGCAACAGGGAACUGUGAAAAAUCUUUUAGGAGGAUUCUUGAGUAUUUUAACACAGGCCGAUUCUGAUUUUCAAGCAUGCCAGAAAGUAUUGGUGGAUCUUUUGGUAUCUUUGAUGAGUUCAAGAACAUGUUCAGAAGAGCUAACCCUUCUUUUGAGAAUAUUUCUGGAGAAAUCUCCUUGCACAAAAAUUCUUCUUCUAGGUAUUCUGAAAAUUAUUGAAAGUGAUACUACUAUGAGCCCUUCACAGUAUCUAACCUUCCCUUUACUGCACACUCCAAAUUUAAGCAACGGUGUUUCAUCACAAAAGUAUCCUGGGAUUUUAAACAGUAAGGCCAUGGGUUUAUUGAGAAGAGCACGAGUUUCACGGAGCAAGAAAGAGGCUGAUAGAGAGAGUUUUCCCCAUCGGCUGCUUUCAUCUUGGCACAUAGCCCCAGUCCACCUGCCGCUGCUGGGGCAAAACUGCUGGCCACACCUAUCAGAAGGUUUCAGUGUUUCACUGUGGUUUAAUGUGGAGUGUAUCCAUGAAGCUGAGAGUACCGCAGAAAAAGGAAAGAACAUAAAGAAAAGAAACAAAUCAUUAAUUUUACCAGAUAGCAGCUUUGAUGGUACAGGGAGCGACAGACCGGAAGGUGCAGAGUACAUAAAUCCUGGUGAAAGACUCAUAGAAGAAGGAUGUAUUCAUAUAAUUUCACUGGGAUCCAAAGCGUUGAUGAUCCAAGUGUGGGCUGAUCCCCACAAUGCCAGUUUUAUCUUUCGUGUGUGCAUGGAUUCAAAUGAUGACGUGAAAGCUGUUUUACUAGCACAGGUUGAAUCACAGGAGAAUAUUUUCCUCCCAAGCAAAUGGCAACAUUUAGUACUCACCUACUUACAGCAGCCCCAAGGGAAAAAGAAGAUUCAUGGGAAAAUCUCCAUAUGGGUCUCUGGACAGAGGAAGCCUGAUGUUACUUUGGAUUUUAUGCUUCCAAGAAAAACAAGUUUGUCAUCUGAUAGCAAUAAAACAUUUUGCAUGAUUGGCCAUUGUUUAUCAUCCCAAGAAGAGUUUUUGCAGUUAGCUGGAAAAUGGGACCUGGGAAAUUUGCUUCUCUUCAAUGGAGCUAAGGUUGGUUCACAAGAGGCCUUUUAUCUGUAUGCUUGUGGGCCCAACCAUACAUCUGUAAUGCCAUGUAAGUAUGGCAAGCCAGUGAAUGACUACUCCAAAUAUAUUAAUAAAGAAAUUUUGCGAUGUGAACAAAUCAGAGAACUUUUUAUGACCAAGAAAGAUGUGGAUAUUGGUCUCUUAAUUGAAAGUCUUUCAGUUGUUUAUACAACUUACUGUCCUGCUCAGUACACCAUCUAUGAGCCAGUGAUUAGACUUAAAGGUCAAAUGAAAACCCAACUCUCUCAAAGACCCUUCAGCUCAAAAGAAGUUCAGAGCAUCUUAUUAGAACCUCAUCAUCUAAAGAAUCUCCAACCUACUGAAUAUAAAACCAUUCAAGGCAUUCUGCACGAAAUUGGUGGAACUGGUGUAUUUGUUUUUCUCUUUGCUAGGGUCAUUGAACUCAGUAGCUGUGAAGAAACUCAAGCAUUAGCACUGCGAGUUAUACUCUCAUUAAUUAAAUACAACCAACAAAGAGUACAUGAAUUAGAAAAUUGUAAUGGACUUUCGAUGAUUCAUCAGGUGUUGAUGAAACAAAAAUGCAUUGUUGGGUUUUACAUUUUGAAGACCCUUCUCGAAGGAUGCUGUGGUGAAGAUAUUAUUUAUAUGAAUGAGAAUGGCGAGUUUAAGUUGGAUGUAGACUCUAAUGCUAUAAUCCAAGAUGUUAAGCUGUUAGAGGAACUGUUGCUUGACUGGAAGAUAUGGAAUAAAGCAGAGCAAGGUGUUUGGGAAACUUUGUUAGCGGCUCUAGAAGUCCUCAUCAGAGCAGAUCACCACCAGCAGAUGUUUAAUAUUAAGCAGUUAUUGAAAGCUCAAGUGGUUCAUCACUUUCUACUGACUUGUCAGGUUUUGCAGGAACACAAAGAGGGGCAACUCACACCCAUGCCCCGAGAGGUUUGUAGAUCAUUUGUGAAAAUUAUAGCAGAAGUCCUUGGAUCUCCUCCAGAUUUGGAAUUAUUGACAAUUAUCUUCAAUUUCCUUUUAGCAGUUCACCCUCCUACUAAUACUUACGUUUGUCACAAUCCCACGAACUUCUACUUUUCUUUGCACAUAGAUGGCAAGAUCUUUCAGGAGAAAGUACAGUCAAUCAUGUACCUGAGGCAUUCCAGCAGUGGAGGAAGGUCCCUUAUGAGCCCUGGAUUUAUGGUAAUAAGCCCAUCUGGUUUUACUGCUUCACCAUAUGAAGGAGAGAAUUCCUCUAAUAUUAUUCCACAACAGAUGGCCGCCCAUAUGCUGCGUUCUAGAAGCCUACCAGCAUUCCCUACUUCUUCACUACUAAUGCAAUCACAAAAACUGACUGGAAGUUUGGGUUGUAGUAUUGACAGGUUACAAAAUAUUGCAGAUACUUAUGUUGCCAUCCAAUCAGAGAAACAAAAUUCUUUGGGGAGUUCCGACACACUGAAAAAAGGCAAAGAGGAUGCAUUCAUCAGUAGCUGUGAGUCUGCAAAAACUGUUUGUGAAAUGGAAGCUGUUCUCUCAGCCCAAGUCUCUGUCAGUGAUGUCCCAAAAGGAGUGCUGGGAUUUCCAGUGGUCAAAGCAGAUCAUAAAGAGUUGGGAGCAGAACCCAGGUCAGAAGAUGACAGUCCUGGGGAUGAGUCCUGCCCACGCCGACCUGAUCACCUAAAGGGGUUGGCCUCCUUCCAGCGAAGCCACAGCACUGUUGCAAGCCUUGGGCUAGCCUUUCCUUCACAGAAUGGAUCUGCAGCUGUUGGCCGUUGGCCAAGUCUUGUUGAUAGAAACACUGAUGACUGGGAAAACUUUGCCUAUUCUCUUGGUUAUGAGCCAAAUUACAUCCGAACUGCAAGUGCUCACAGUGUAACUGAAGACUGUUUGGUACCUAUAUGCUGUGGAUUAUAUGAACUCCUAAGUGGGGUUCUUCUUAUCCUGCCUGAUGUUAUGCUUGAAGAUGUGAUGGACAAGCUUAUUCAAGCAGAUACACUUUUGGUCCUCAUUAACCACCCAUCACCAGCUAUACAACAAGGUGUUAUUAAACUAUUAGAUGCAUAUUUUGCUAGAGCAUCUAAGGAACAAAAGGAUAAAUUUCUGAAGAAUCGUGGAUUUUCCUUGCUAGCCAACCAGUUGUAUCUUCAUCGAGGAACUCAAGAAUUGUUAGAAUGCUUCAUUGAAAUGUUCUUUGGUCGACAUAUUGGCCUUGAUGAAGAAUUUGAUCUGGAAGAUGUGAGAAAUACGGGACUGUUUCAGAAGUGGUCUGUCAUUCCUAUUCUAGGACUAAUCGAGACCUCUCUGUAUGACAACGUACUCUUGCAUAAUGCUCUUUUACUUCUUCUCCAAAUUUUAAACUCCUGUUCUAAGGUAGCAGAUAUGUUGCUGGAUAAUGGUCUACUCUAUGUGUUAUGUAAUACAGUAGCAGCCCUGAAUGGAUUAGAAAAGAACAUUCCCGUCAGUGAAUAUAAAUUGCUUGCGUGUGAUAUACAGCAACUUUUCAUAGCAGUUACAAUUCAUGCUUGCAGUUCCUCGGGCUCACAAUAUUUUAGGGUUAUUGAAGACCUUAUUGUAAUGCUUGGAUAUCUUCAAAAUAGCAAAAACAAGAGGACACAAAAUAUGGCUGUUGCACUACAGCUUAGAGUUCUCCAGGCUGCUAUGGAAUUUAUAAGGACCACCGCAAAUCAUGACUCUGAAAACCUCACAGAUUCACUCCAGUCACCUUCUGCUCCCCAUCAUGCAGUAGUUCAAAAGCGGAAAAGCAUUGCUGGUCCUCGAAAAUUUCCGCUUGCUCAAACUGAAUCGCUUCUGAUGAAAAUGCGUUCAGUGGCAAAUGAUGAGCUUCAUGUGAUGAUGCAACGGAGAAUGAGCCAGGAGAACCCUAGCCAGGCGACUGAAACGGAACUUGCACAGAGACUACAGAGGCUCACCGUUUUAGCAGUCAACAGGAUUAUUUAUCAAGAGUUUAAUUCAGACAUUAUUGACAUUUUGAGAACUCCAGAAAAUGUAACUCAAAGCAAGACCUCAGUUUUCCAGACUGAAAUUUCUGAGGAAAAUAUGCAUCAUGAACAGUCUUCUGUUUUCAAUCCAUUUCAGAAAGAAAUUUUUACAUAUCUGGUAGAAGGAUUCAAAGUAUCUAUUGGUUCAAGUAAAGCCAGUGGUUCCAAGCAGCAAUGGAUGAAAAUUCUGUGGUCUUGUAAGGAGACCUUCCGAACGCAGCUUGGGAGACUCCUAGUGCAUAUUUUGUCACCAGCCCACACUGCACAAGAGAGAAAGCAAAUUUUUGAAAUACUUCAUGAACCAAAUCAUCAGGAAAUACUGCGAGACUGUCUCAGCCCAUCCCUACAACAUGGAGCCAAGUUAGUUUUGUAUUUGUCAGAGUUGAUACAUAAUCACCAAGAUGAAUUGACUGAAGAAGAGCUAGACACAGCAGAACUACUUAUGAAUGCUUUGAAGUUAUGUGGUCACAAGUGCAUCCCUCCCAGUGCAUCAACAAAAGCAGACCUUAUUAAAAUGAUCAAAGAGGAACAAAAGAAAUAUGAAACUGAAGAAGGAGUGAAUAAAGCUACUUGGCAGAAAACGGUUAAUAAUAAUCAACAAAGUCUCUUUCAGCGUCUGGAUUCAAAAUCAAAGGAUAUAUCUAAAAUAGCUGCAGAUAUCACCCAGGCAGUGUCUCUCUCCCAAGGAAUUGAGAGAAAAAAGGUGAUCCAGCACAUUAGAGGAAUGUAUAAAGUAGAUUUGAGUGCCAGCAGACACUGGCAGGAACUUAUUCAGCAACUGACACAUGAUAGAGCAGUAUGGUAUGACCCCAUCUACUAUCCAACUUCAUGGCAGUUGGAUCCAACAGAAGGACCAAAUCGAGAGAGGAGACGUUUACAGAGAUGUUAUUUAACUAUUCCAAAUAAGUAUCUCCUUAGGGAUAGACAAAAAUCAGAAGAUGUUGUCAAACCACCACUCUCUUACCUAUUUGAAGACAAAACUCAUUCUUCUUUCUCUUCUACUGUCAAAGACAAAGCUGCAAGUGAAUCUAUAAGAAUAAAUCGAAGAUGUAUCAGUGUUGCACCAUCUAGAGAGACAGCUGGUGAAUUGUUACUAGGUAAAUGUGGAAUGUAUUUUGUGGAAGAUAAUGCUUCUGAUACAGUUGAAAGUUCGAGCCUUCAGGGAGAGUUAGAACCAGCAUCAUUUUCCUGGACAUAUGAAGAAAUUAAAGAAGUUCACAAGCGUUGGUGGCAAUUGAGAGAUAAUGCUGUAGAAAUCUUUCUAACAAAUGGCAGAACACUCCUGUUGGCAUUUGAUAACACCAAGGUUCGUGAUGAUGUAUACCACAAUAUACUCACAAAUAACCUCCCUAAUCUUCUGGAAUAUGGUAACAUCACUGCUCUGACAAAUUUAUGGUAUACUGGACAAAUUACUAAUUUUGAAUAUUUGACUCACUUAAACAAACAUGCUGGCCGAUCCUUCAAUGAUCUCAUGCAGUAUCCUGUGUUCCCAUUUAUACUUGCUGACUAUAUUAGUGAGACACUUGACCUCAAUGAUCCGUUGAUAUACAGAAAUCUCUCUAAACCUAUAGCUGUUCAGUAUAAAGAAAAAGAAGAUCGUUAUGUGGACACAUACAAGUACUUGGAGGAAGAGUACCGCAAAGGAGCCAGGGAAGAUGACCCCAUGCCUCCCGUGCAGCCCUAUCACUAUGGCUCCCACUAUUCCAACAGCGGGACUGUGCUUCACUUCCUGGUCAGGAUGCCUCCUUUCACUAAAAUGUUUUUAGCCUAUCAAGAUCAAAGUUUUGACAUUCCAGACAGAACUUUUCAUUCUACAAAUACAACUUGGCGACUCUCAUCUUUUGAAUCUAUGACUGACGUGAAAGAACUUAUUCCAGAGUUCUUCUAUCUUCCAGAGUUCCUAGUUAACCGUGAAGGUUUUGAUUUUGGUGUGCGUCAGAAUGGUGAACGGGUUAAUCACGUCAACCUUCCGCCUUGGGCACGUAAUGAUCCUCGUCUUUUUAUCCUCAUCCAUCGGCAGGCUCUAGAGUCUGACUGCGUGUCCCAGAACAUCUGUCAGUGGAUUGACUUGGUGUUUGGUUAUAAGCAAAAGGGGAAGGCUUCUGUUCAAGCAAUCAAUGUUUUUCAUCCUGCUACAUAUUUUGGAAUGGAUGUCUCUGCAGUUGAAGAUCCGGUUCAGAGAAGAGCGCUAGAAACCAUGAUAAAAACCUAUGGGCAGACUCCCCGUCAGCUGUUCCACACAGCCCAUGUGAGCAGACCUGGAGCCAAGCUCAAUAUUGAAGGAGAGCUUCCAGCUGCUGUGGGGUUGCUAGUGCAGUUUGCUUUCAGGGAGACCCGAGAACAAGUCAAAGAAAUCACCUAUCCGAGUCCUUUGUCAUGGAUAAAAGGCUUGAAAUGGGGGGAAUACGUGGGUUCCCCCAGUGCUCCAGUACCUGUGGUCUGCUUCAGCCAGCCCCACGGAGAAAGAUUUGGCUCUCUCCAGGCUCUGCCCACCAGAGCAAUCUGUGGUUUGUCACGGAAUUUCUGUCUUCUGAUGACAUAUAGCAAGGAACAAGGUGUGAGAAGCAUGAACAGUACGGACAUUCAGUGGUCAGCCAUCCUGAGCUGGGGAUAUGCUGAUAAUAUUUUAAGGUUGAAGAGUAAACAAAGUGAGCCUCCAGUAAACUUCAUUCAAAGUUCACAACAGUACCAGGUUACCAGUUGUGCUUGGGUGCCUGACAGUUGCCAGCUGUUUACUGGAAGCAAAUGCGGUGUCGUCACAGCCUACACAAACAGAUUUACAAGCAGCACGCCAUCAGAGAUAGAAAUGGAGACUCAGAUACAUCUCUAUGGUCACACAGAAGAGAUAACCAGCUUAUUUGUUUGCAAACCAUACAGUAUACUGAUAAGUGUGAGCAGAGACGGAACCUGCAUCAUAUGGGAUUUAAACAGGUUAUGCUAUGUACAAAGUCUGGCGGGACACAAAAGCCCUGUCACGGCUGUCUCUGCCAGUGAAACCUCAGGUGACAUUGCUACUGUGUGUGAUUCAGCUGGUGGAGGCAGUGACCUCAGACUCUGGACGGUGAACGGGGAUCUCGUUGGACACGUCCACUGCAGGGAGAUCAUCUGUUCUGUGGCUUUCUCCAACCAGCCCGAGGGAGUAUCUAUCAAUGUAAUUGCUGGGGGAUUAGAAAAUGGAAUUGUAAGGUUAUGGAGUACAUGGGACUUAAAGCCUGUGAGAGAAAUUACAUUUCCCAAAUCAAAUAAGCCCAUCAUCAGCCUUACAUUUUCUUGUGAUGGCCACCAUUUGUACACAGCAAACAGUGAUGGGACCGUGAUUGCCUGGUGUCGGAAGGACCAGCAGCGCUUGAAACAGCCAAUGUUCUAUUCCUUCCUUAGCAACUAUGCAGCCGGGUGAAUGCAAAUGAACUUUGCGUUCUCCAGAGCACUUUAACUCCAAACUAGAUUUGUUGACUUCACCAGUUUUAGGAGGUUGAACCUAAAGAAAUGGAUGACUGAACAAACCAUCCAAAUAAUGAUAAAGUCUAUUCAUCUGCACAAAAUUCUAAAGAUGUACAUGAUCCUAAGAGGAAAGUUCUGUUCUGUUUUAAUGAUAAUCUGGAAGAUUGUGUCAAUAUGCACUAGCUAACAAGUUUUAAGCCUUGCAUGGUAUAUUAAAAUGAUAUUCUUAAAAUUUUUUCCCACCAAGGUAUUCCAAAGAAAAUAUUAAGGUCUUCCCUUUUUCUAUGAUUCCAAAAGAACCAGUAGAAUUUAAAUUGGUUAGCUAAUUGUUUAUAUAAAACACAGUAAAAUUAUAUUUUAAAAGUUUUCUGCCAUGAAAUACUCCUCCCACCACACACACAUGCUCCAAAAGAGGAAAGAAAAAAUGAUAAUUUUUAGGACUUGAUAAUUGCUUUAUUUGAGAAGCAAAUUAUUCAGUAGGUGCCUCUGUACCAAAUAUUUUAUGGAGUGUCUGAAUACUAAAAAUAAACUAUGAAUGAAUCUCAAAGUUAGGCAGUUUUUGCCAGUUUCCUUCUUAGCUCAAAGGAGAACCAGAAUUUUUUUGACAGCCACAAACAAGAAUACAGGUAUCUUGGAUUUCAGACACAUUCUGUUUCUUCAUAAAAAUUUUACUUAAAAUGUGUAACACUAGAUAUUAAAUAUCCUUAGUUGAGUCACUAAGGUUUAAACACAGUGGUAAGUCUUAAAGUCUGCUAUUUUUAGAGCAUUGAAUCUGUACCAAAUUGCAAUAGAAAGCCUCCAGUAUGCAAGAAGUUUGCGUGGGUAUUAAGAAUACAGCCUAAAUAAGCCAUUUAAUCUAAUCUGCAGGAAGAAUUUUCUUCCCCAAAACAGAAUUAGAAAAGAAAAGGAGACAGCUUACUUUAUUUUAAACAGGAGGCAGAAUAAUUCUUUUAGGAAACCAUUUUCAUUCUGUUUCUACUAACCUAUAUCAUCUGAGAAUUCUAGGAAGAAGAAUAAAAUCUAGUGUAUUCCACAGCAAACUUACAUACCAUACAGACAGAAUUCCUAACUAUCUUGGAACCGUCUGUCUCUCCCAUAUGAUGGCUGUCUGUAUAUUUUUACUUGGGGUGGUGCUUUAUUGGCUUUGAAAACACUGUCAAAUAAGCUCAGUAAUAUGUUACCAUGGGAUAAAAAUAUGUAUCCCUGCCUAAGAAUAACUUGUGCAUUUGUUAUGGAAAUUUAAUUCAUAUGGUGUUUACAGUACUACUUUUGUAACUUCCAGACUUUCUAAAACAUUCUGCUUAAAAACCAUACAAAAUAUAAUUCCAAAGUCUCUGCUGUCAAGAUAGAUUCGAGAGAAAGCAAGUGGCCAUGUAUGCUUUAACCUUAAACUGCGUACACAUGUAGUGAUACCUAGGCUGCAUUUAGAUCACCAUGUGCUCAGGCCAGGUGUUAAUCCUGAGGUCCAUGGAGGUGCAGAGAUGAGAUUACUCCUAUUCACGUUGAAGUGAUUUGCUUUGUUAACAAACAAUUGCAGCUAUUGUCUAGCUUUCAUUUUUUUACUGAGAACUUUAAAUUAGUCCCCUAUUAGAAUAGGGUUGCUACUCAGUCUUUUUUUAAAAACCGAGUUUCAUCAUUUAUCUAAACAGAAAAUAUGCAAAAUAACUGGUCUUGUUAAGAGUGCAAUAUUAUAUUUUUAUGUACAAAUAAAAAUUAAUUUGGGGGGAUUAUUUAUUCAGCAUGAAACCUAAUAUGUAUAUGUUUGAAAUACUUCAUAAUGUGCAUGUUGUAGCAAACAUUUCUGUAAAUUAUCACAAGCUCUGUUACCUUUAUAUACACUGCCACUUCAAUUUGGAAAUAAAUUUCAUAAAAAUAGA